CGGAUGCUCCUAAUCAUAUUCUCUAAUUCUGUUUGUUUUAGCUGGCCUUAACAGCGAUGCUUUCCUCAGUUUUAUAUGUGUUGUGGCUUGUGUCAGCAAUGAGUUUAACAUGGUAUGAUGAGCAGAAAGGUAAACCAGAAGUGCAUGUAAAGCCAUAACAGUUUGCAUUAUAUUGUUGUGAUUGAUGUGAGAUAUAUAGUUUCUUAGUUUCUUGGGAGGUUAUGGUGGAGCAUAUGCAUCAGUCUUGUGCCAGUUUGGUGAACGCUUCGGGGGCGUUGUGUGGGAAAGAGAAUGUGAUUGCUGAGAUUUCAGCUGAGCUGCAAAGAGAGAGGCAGAAGAAUGCAGAGCUCAUGGAGAGAAUCAUGGUGCUUGAAGCCCAGCUACAAGAGAGACACAAGGCUAGUUGUGAAAAUGGAAGAUGGGAAACCAGGAAGUUUAAGAGGCAAAAGGUUAUGUCAGACUGUAAACAAGAUGAAGAUGGCAGUAUCAAAUUGAAUUUACUGGGGACCCAUAAGAGUGAAUGCAGACAAACUGAAGAAAAGAAUCUUGAAGACAGGUUGGUCAAAUGGAUGAGCAUGGAUGAAACUCAGUUUUUGCACUCUGAUAAACCACAAUCCAGGGACUUUGUGUUAGAUUCUAGUGACAGGGAUGACAGUGAUGAUCAAGAAGAAGGAGAGCAUAGGGAGGAAGAAACUGGUAACACGCCAAGUGGCGAGGAAAUCAAUGCACAGUUCCCUUUGCUCAAUAGCCAUCUUGCAAUAACAUCUGGACAUGGAAACCAAGAACGGAAUGAAGAUGUUAAAGAAAUGAGUUCACAAUCUGACACAAGUCAAAUGAGAUUCGAGGAAAAUUGCAGAAAGAAAAUGACACUGGAAGGCUAUUGUGAGACUGCAUCAGUUCAGAGAAGGCAUCAAAAGAUGGCAUUCUGUCCAAAAGAAGUGAAAAGAAUCCUGGAAAUGGAAGAGCUAUCAAAGACAAAUGCACAGUCGCAUACCAUAAGGAAAAUUAUCGUCUUCUCAUCUCUUGGUAUUAGGCAUGGCUGUGAGGACAUGUAUGAAUUAGAUUUAAACCAUUUCAGCAUUUUGCAGAAGGGAGAAUCCUAUGUAGAUCAUAAGAAUCCUGGGGAGCAUGUUCUGUAUGAAAAUCCAGGUGUUAGAAGGAAGAUAUUCUACCCGAAUCGACAAAAUCCAACUUUAUGCCCUAUUCAGAUACUCGAAGAAGAGAAGGUUAUGCGCCCAUCUGAUGCUAGCUGUCCCUCAUGCCUCUUUCUGUGCAUCAAAUAUGGAGGAAGGACAAGAAAUCUCCCCCAAAAUGAAUAUGUGAGGCAGAGAAUGGGAAGAAACAAGUUGAAGUCUUUCGGGCCAGUAAUAUGUAGAAUGGCAAUGCUAGUCCACGUUCGUUGUGGGAGCUUCUUCUUUAAGGCGCUAGGCAUCACGCUCCUGUUUAUGGCUGGUUUCCCCAAUGACCUGGUUCAGAGGGAAACCAAUUACAAGAACUUGGACCUCCUUCAGAAGUAUUACAGAACAGACAAAGAUGCAGAAGGGGAGGAGUUAUUUCUGUCAUAUCCUUUGGCUGAUGAGAAUGCUGGUCAGCAAACAAUCCACAUGGCUGCAUCUUCAAGGCAGAAAAGCAAGAAACACACAACCACUUCAGGGAAUCUUGAUGAGAAAACUUCAGCUGUUAAGUCUCCUCCUCCACAUUCUGAUCCAUUUGAAUUGACAGGAUAUGCCUCAAAUCUAACAAAUGGCACCUUUUCACCUAAGCUAACAUCAUCUCAGGUUCCAAUGUCGAACCCAGUGAUUACCAGUCCUAACAUCAAUACUUUUUCUCAGUCUUCAUACCCUUUUCUCCCUGCCUAUCCAACAAACUCUUUUGUGCCUAUGGUAUAUUGGCAUCCCGCGAAUCCGUUCCAACUCUAUCCUUAUCCCUCAGCAUAUAGGUAUCCUCCUGCCGGGAAUUACCUAUCCAUCCACCCCCACCAAUACUACAGCCAUCCUCCAUCUAAUCCUCCAAUUCCAGAACUGCCAGGCAAUGGGAGAAACCACACAGCAUCAGAUAUUGCCCAGAGGGACUCUAACAGCAGUUCAAGUAGUAAAGAGUCAAGAAAGAAAAAAUGAGCUAGGAGUCUCUGGAUUCUUAUGUGAAUCAUGGGAACACUACAUUCACUAGUAAAUAAGUGUUUUGCUACCUUCAGAAGCAAUACUUUCUGCAAAUUGAUAAGUUCAUUUUA